GCGCAGCCACUGUUCACGAGAUGUUACCACGGCAUCUACCUCAGACUUUGCUUUUGCUCAUUCGUUGGCUGUGUCAUAGCUCUCAACAGGAGCCCUGCAGACACUCUUGAAAGUCUUGAACAGCUUGUGACAUCAAGUCAAAGCAUGAUGACCUAAGACUACGUCCAAGGCUGAAACAGCGAUUCAGCAGUCCAAGAUAGAACUGCCUUUUUUUUCAGUAUCACUUCUGAAGGACUCUCUGCUGGUUUGUCCCUGCUUACUUCAGAAACAUUCAACUGACCUUUCCCUGGUGAAAAGAUCCUGACUUUUCUCUCUGGUCCUGGAACUAUUAAUGGAAUGCAGUCAUGUCUACCCAGGACGAGAGGCAGAUCAACACGGAGUACGCUGUAUCCUUGCUGGAGCAGUUGAAGUUCUUUUAUGAACAGCAGUUGCUCACUGACAUAGUGUUGAUCGUUGAGGGCACUGAAUUUCCCUGCCAUAAGAUGGUCCUUGCCACGUGCAGCUCAUAUUUCAGAGCCAUGUUCAUGAGCGGGCUGAGUGAAAGCAAACAAACACACGUACACCUGAGGAACGUGGACGCAGCCACCCUGCAGAUCAUCAUCACCUACGCCUACACGGGGAACUUGGCGUUAAGUGACAGCACAGUGGAACAGCUUUAUGAAACUGCCUGCUUCUUACAGGUAGACGACGUGUUACAACGGUGCAGAGAAUACUUAAUCAAAAAAAUCAACGCCGAGAACUGUGUGCGGCUCUUAAGUUUUGCUGACCUCUUCAGCUGUGAAGAGUUAAAGCAGAGUGCUAAAAGAAUGGUAGAGCACAAGUUCACAGCUGUGUACCACCAGGAGGCUUUCAUGCAACUGUCCCAUGACCUACUGAUAGAUAUUUUAAGCAGUGACAACUUAAACGUGGAGAAGGAGGAGACGGUCCGCGAAGCUGCGAUGCUGUGGCUGGAGUACAACACGGAGUCGCGAUCGCAGUACCUGUCCUCCGUCCUCAGCCAAAUCCGCAUCGAUGCGCUUUCCGAGGUCACACAGAGAGCCUGGUUUCAAGGCUUGCCACCCAACGACAAAUCGGUGGUGGUGCAAGGGCUUUACAAAUCCAUGCCCAAGUUUUUCAAGCCUAGGCUGGGUAUGACGAAAGAGGAGAUGAUGAUAUUCAUCGAAGCUGCUGCUGAAACUCCUGGAAGUCUUUAUUCUUCUGUCUGUUACAGCCCCCAGGCAGAAAAAGUUUACAAACUCUGCAACCCUCCUGCUGACUUACAUAAGGUUGGGACGCUGGUAACUCCUGAUAAUGACAUCUACAUAGCAGGUGGGCAGGUUCCUCUGAAAAACACCAAAACUAAUCACAGUAAAAGCAGCAAACUCCAGGCUGCCUUCAGAACUGUGAACUGCUUUUACUGGUUCGAUGCCCAGCAGAACAUGUGGUUUCCAAAGACGCCGAUGCUGUUCGUUCGUAUAAAGCCAUCCCUGGUCUGCUGUGAAGGCUACAUCUAUGCAAUCGGAGGAGACAGCGUUGGGGGAGAGCUCAACAGGAGAACUGUGGAGAGAUAUGACACCGAGAAGGACGAGUGGACCAUGGUCAGCCCCUUGCCUUGCGCCUGGCAGUGGAGCACGGCGGUGGCUGUUCACAACUGCAUCUAUGUCAUGGCACACAACCUGAUGUACUGCUAUUUCCCCAGGUCGGACGCCUGGGUGGAGAUGGCUAUGCGACAGACAAGUCGAUGUUUUGCUUCGGCCGCCGCUUUCGGUGAUAAAAUCUUCUACAUCGGAGGACUGCACAUCGCCAGCAACUCUGGGAUAAGGCUGCCCAGCAGUACUGUAGACGGGUCUUCCGUAACUGUGGAAAUCUAUGACGUCAAUAAAAAUGAGUGGAGGAUGGCAGCCAACAUCCCUGCCAAGCGCUAUUCCGACCCCUGCGUCAGAGCUGUUGUCAUCUCCAACGCUUUGUGUGUCUUCAUACGAGAAACCCACAUGAACGAGAGAGCCAAGUAUGCCACCUACCAAUACGACCUGGAACUGGACCGCUGGUUUCUGAGGCAGCACAUAUCUGAACGUGUGCUGUGGGACUUGGGGAAAGACUUCCGGUGCACUGUAGGAAAGCUGUAUCCAUCCUGCCUCGAAGAGUCCCCAUGGAAACCUCCAACGUAUCUCUUCUCACCAGAUGGAGCUGAUGAAUUCGAGCUGGAUGGGGAGAUGGUUACUUUACCACCUGUAUAGCUCCCAAAUUAGACUGCACAACUGCUUCUGUGCUCAGUUAUCACUAAAUAAAUAGUUGUGAAAGCAGAGGGCCGGAAGCAGCAACGUCAAACCUGUCUUUCCCGAGUUGUAUUUUUUAUGCCCUACCUAUCACUCGCCGCCAUUCAGUACGAAUCAGUGGAAUGAGCAGAUCUGCUUCCAUAACCUAAAAUACUAUUACCUGAUAAUUGAGAAACAUGUAUCUAUAUCAUGAGCUUAAGCAU